UAGAUCUCUGUGUUUUAUCAGGUAUUACCAGACCUGUUCAUGUGGUGCUUCUCCCUGAAUUGACCCUUUCUCUUCUCCCCUUCAUCCUCCUCUCCUCCCUCUCCUUGCCUCCUGUCUCAGGUGCGGUGAAGAGGCAGGUGGCUGUGAAGUCCACGCGAGGCAUUGCUCUGAAGAACUCCCAUGGCCUGAUGGUGAAGACUGGAGGGGCUGGGAUGGGGCCAGGGGGAGGCCCGGGGGGCCACGGAGGGGCACAGGGUAAGGGUGGGGACGGGGGAGACAGUGGACCUAAAAACACACGGCAGUUCUUCGAUGGCGAGGAGUCCUGCUACAUCAUCGACGCCAAGCUGGAGGGCAACCUGGGACGCUACCUCAACCACAGCUGCAGUGCCAACCUGUUUGUCCAGAAUGUGUUUGUAGACACACACGAUCUGCGUUUCCCCUGGGUAGCCUUCUUCGCCAGCAAGCGUAUCAGGGCGGGGACAGAGUUGACAUGGGACUAUAACUACGAGGUUGGCAGUGUGGAGGGAAAGGAGCUACUGUGCUGCUGUGGCUCAACAGAGUGCAGAGGAAGACUGCUAUAAGAGACCACCCUCUAUACCUCCAUCUCAUCCCUCUAUUUCUUCAUCUUAUCUCGGAGUGCAGAGGGAGUUCUGCUGGAAAAGACCUGUCUAACUCCGUCUCCUCUCUGUGUGUAGAAGAAGCCUGCUGUAAGGACACACUAUGCUAACCUCCCUUACUAUGUCAUUAGAGAAGAUGGGACACCUGCACCCACACGAGUCUCUGUCCACGUUUCUCUUUUGUUCCUCCCCCUCUAUCUUUUAUUCUGAAUUGUUUGGCUGCCUAUUGCUGACGUUUUGUAAUUCUUUACUGUUUUGUCUGUAUGCCCAGUUGUCUGUAUGCCCAGUUGUCUGUAUGCCCAGUUGUAUUUGACUGUCUGUGAAUUCAGACCAAACUGCCCUUCUCACAACUGAAUAAAAUCCUGUUUUCCACACA